CGUUCCCGAGGGUGGGGCGAGGGCAAGUGUCAGUCAGGUCUGGAGCGGGGCUGGAGACAGCGAAGACCGAGGCGCCAGACCCGGGGCCCGGGCCCGCUGCGUGUUUUCAGCCCAAGAUGGAGUUCCUCCUGGGGAACCCGUUCAGCACCCCAGUGGGGCAGUGCCUUGAAAAGGCAACAGAUGGCUCCCUGCAAAGUGAGGACUGGACAUUGAACAUGGAGAUCUGUGACAUCAUCAAUGAGACGGAGGAAGGGCCAAAGGAUGCCAUCCGAGCCCUGAAGAAGCGGCUCAACGGGAACCGGAACUACAGAGAAGUGAUGCUGGCAUUAACGGUGCUGGAGACAUGUGUGAAGAACUGUGGCCACCGCUUCCACAUCCUUGUAGCCAACAGAGACUUCAUCGACAGCGUUCUCGUCAAAAUCAUUUCUCCCAAGAACAACCCUCCCACCAUCAUACAGGACAAAGUGCUCGCUCUGAUCCAGGCCUGGGCUGAUGCCUUUCGAAGCAGCCCUGACCUCACUGGUGUCGUCCACAUAUACGAGGAGCUGAAGAGGAGAGGGGUUGAAUUCCCUAUGGCAGACUUGGACGCUCUGUCUCCCAUACAUACACCGCAGCGGAGCGUCCCUGAAGUGGAUCCAGCCGCGACCAUGCCCAGGUCCCAGUCACAGCAGAGGACGAGUGCCAGCUCCUAUUCCUCGCCUCCUCCUGCUCCCUACUCCGCUCCACAGGCCCCAGCGCUCAAUGUGACUGGCCCCAUCACAGCCAAUUCAGAACAGAUUGCCAGGCUGCGCAGUGAAUUGGAUGUUGUUCGAGGAAACACUAAAGUCAUGUCUGAGAUGUUAACAGAAAUGGUACCUGGACAGGAGGACUCGUCUGACUUGGAGUUGCUGCAGGAGCUGAACAGGACCUGCCGGGCCAUGCAGCAGCGCAUCGUGGAGCUCAUCUCCCGCGUGUCCAACGAGGAGGUCACAGAGGAGCUGCUGCAUGUCAACGACGACCUCAACAACGUCUUCCUCCGCUACGAGAGGUUUGAACGGUACAGAUCGGGCCGAUCACUUCACAAUGCCAGUAAUGGAGUGCUGACCGAAGUGACUGAAGACAACUUAAUAGACCUGGGACCAGGGUCACCAGCUGUGGUGAGCCCAAUGGUGGGGAGCACAGCACCCCCAUCUUCUCUCUCCUCCCAGCUUGCAGGCUUGGACUUGGGGACAGAGAGCGUCAGUGGCACCCUGAGUUCACUCCAGCAGUGUAAUCCCCGUGAUGGCUUUGACAUGUUUGCACAGACAAAAGAGAACUCUUCGUCCGAGCAACACAAGACGGUGACCCAUGAGGAUCCCCAGGCUGUUGGAGGACUCACUUCUGCACUGGACAGUCAAAAACAGAGCUCAGAAGGGAAGAGAGGUAGAGGUGGGGACUCUGACCUGGAGCCUAUAGACAGCUGGCUCAUAACCCAAGGAAUGAUCCCCGUUGCGCAGCCCUCUGUUAUGGACGACAUUGAGGUGUGGCUCAGGAUGGACCUGAAGGGCGAUGACCUGGACGAGGGCGUCACAAGUGAAGAGUUUGAUAAAUUCCUUGAAGAAAGAGCCAAAGCUGCUGAAAUGGUUCCUGACCUCCCCUCACCCCCCACGGAGGCUCCUGCCCCAGCCUCAAACCCUUCUGGCCGGAAGAAGCCAGAGCGCUCAGAGGAUGCCCUCUUUGCCCUGUGAGCAGUUUGCCUCCCCAGAUGGCAGGUCACCACUCACUCCCCCCAUGGACACCAGGCACUGGCCAUUCCUCCCAUCCUCAGCCCCCAUGCAGCCUGCACACCUGUCUCCAUGGAAAUGCCACCAUGUCUGCUCCUAGGCCUCCCACAAGUCAGGAUCAGCUACAGGCACCUUUAUCCCUCUGGGUGGUGGGACAUCCAGAGGUCACUCCCCUCCCCUCAUGGGCUCCCUCUGCCCAUGUCUCCUCCCAGGAAGAGCAGGCAGAGUGGCCCAGCCCAGGCAGGGCAGCCCCUUAGCACUUGUUUCUUGAGCAGACCUGGAGGGUCUUUCCUUUAGCCACCUAUCUACAGAGAAGGGGCAGGCCCUAGCCCCCGCCUGUACCCCACCACCCCCGGCAUGCUUGCUCCCUGUGCCCCUCUCUUCCAGGAGGGCCUUUGUGCUACUGCCUCUAGAAGAACAGGUCACAGUUGUCCCCUCGGGCUUGUUUUCCUUGGACUCUGUGUCACCUUGUGGCGCUUGGUGUAGCAGCACUUUAGAAGACUCUGUGGGUGCCCACGGGGUGGGGGGGUCUCUUACCUUCUCAAUCUUCUGUCUGUGACUUAGCUGCUAGCCCAGGUCCCACACCAGAGCUGGCUCAGCAGCAGAGUCUGGGACUAAGGGCCCUGCUGGCUCCUGGUGUAGGGACAGGGCCACAUGUGGUUGGGAGGGCAGCAGGUGUGCUGCUGAGGUAACACUACCACACCCUAGGCUCCCCGUGCACUCUCUAUAAGCUCACACUGCACGGCUGGCCCUGGUUUAUGGAGGGACUUACAUGGGGAGGGUGUUUUGGCUUUCUAGGAAAGUGUCAUGAGCACAGGGCUUUGGUCUGGCCUGUGGUAGCUUCACACUUCUAACUCCAGGGCCCAGCAGCAGACAGCUUUGCACUGUGCUUGGAGGUUCUACUGACUGAAUGGCCAGACUGACACUAUGACCCCUGCACUGCUCCCUACCAGGGGCCCUGUCCUCUUCCCACAGACUUUCCUGACAGCUUGACCCUGUCCCACCUCAGAUGGCCCCCAAUCGCCAAUUUGCACCCUCUCCCCAAGCCAACCUUGAAGGCUGACAGAGCCUGGGGCUGAGCAGAUGGAGGCUGGUGACACCUGUUUCUGUCCUAUAUCCUCACUGAUAUGGUCAGCCCGUCCCACUGGCAAGAUGGCCUAGAUGUUGCAGUGGUCACUGCCAGAGCACCAGCCCAAGCAGGGGAAAGGUCUGGGCGUCACCUGAGCAGAGACUAGUGACGUGGUCUCUGGGGAACAUUUAGCUAGGGGAGACAGUAGCUGGGGGCCAUGCCAAGCACCAGCAGAAAUAGUUCCAGUAGAAAGUGGGGACACUGCCCAACCCAGAAGCCGAGGCCCAGCCUAGGUAGAGGAGUCUGUCUGGGGACUCAUCUGGCAGGACUGGCUGGCAAUGUUACACUCCACUUUCUCAGAGGACACCGAGGAAGCUCCUCCCCGGACCCUGGCCAGCCUGACACCAGCCCUGCCCCCUGGCAGUGCAUGCCAUACCUGCCACCUCAGCUCUCUGACCUGCAGUCAGCCUGUGCCUCUCAGCAGCACUUCUCAAAGGCAGAGCCAUUUUGGGCUCUGGUUCCUGGUGUGGGGACAGGGCCACACGUGGUUGGGAGGGGCCGCCUUAGGUGUUGAUACUUCUGAAGACCGCUGGCUGAUGUGAUUGCAGAGAAGGUGGCUGGGUGACCUAAGUGUGCCCAAAGACCCCAGCUCUCAGGCAUACAGAGCCAACUUGUGGCAGAGGUUAGCAGUGCCUAGCACCAGCCUCAGUGUCCUAUGAGGAGAGAGCCCACCUCCCUGCUUUGUGGAAAGGGAUGUCCCACUAGGCCAGCAGCGUCAGGGCUCUUAGAUGAAGAGGGCUCCUGUAGUGUGCAACCCUGAGAUAGGUGCCUGCCUGGGAGCCCCAGCAAAGCUGUUCCCAAUACCCACAACCAGAGCUGCCUCCAGCCCACCUGACUAGCUGGCUGCCCAGGCACGGCCUAGAGAGGCAUGGCUGCCCCAUGGGCAGCAGGUGGUGGUGGGCAACCAAGUGUUUCCUGCCUUCCCAGCCUACAGCCCCCCUCUGGUGGCUUUCAAGGCCCCUGCCCACACCUGUCCAGAGGUAGCCUGCCCCUACAGGCAGGCUGAGUGGUGCUUGAGGCCUACACAAGAAGUAGGUGCUGCCCCAGUGCCCUGGAGGGAGUGCCACUUGGCCCUGGUAGGAUAUCUGUCCUGAGGCCUCUGCCCCUCAACGCCUCUGGGGAGCACAAGUCCUCAGGCCACCUGGCUAGGGAAGGGGCAGAGCCCUGGCAAGAAAGCUGUUGUUAGAAAUCACAGAUACAGUAUGUACUUAAUUACACUAAAUUAUUUCUGGGAUUCCUCAUAAGCACUAAUUAUACCUGAUUAGAGGUUAAAAUAUUUAUUUUGUCAAAAUAUUUUCUUGAGGAUGUGUUUAACCUUUUCUGUGUUCAUUGUGUGCUGAGAUGUAGAAACUAACCAUUUCCUUCCGCCCACCUUUUUGGCCAGUGGGCAGCAGUGAGUGGUUCCACAUGGAGUUUGACCCCAGGCAUGGUGGUCCCCACCCAGUCACAGAGCAAUGUGGGAAUUGGAGCCAAAAGGGGUUUUUGCUAGUCUGGGCCAGAGGAAAAGGUGACUGUUCAUCCUCCUGUCUUUCUGUCUGUCAGCCCCUCUGUCAGUGACUGUGCCUUGGCUCACUAUCCUUCCUCUCCUCACCCAGUAGUCUCAGGACCUGUGCUGUCAGGAGGGGAGAACUGCUCUGGAGGAGAGAACCUGGCACCCUGGCAGUGAUCCUUAACGGCCCAACUAGGAGGGUAGUGGCCAGGGCUCUGACAGGGCAGAAUGCUGUCGGGUGCCACACCUCCACCCUUGGCCCUCACACGUACACGUCUCAGUUGGGCCCAGUCUUCUGGGUGGUUCGGUCAGGGCCAGGGCAGUCCCAGACAGCUUGGGCAUAGCAGUGUGGAGGAGCACUUGCUUAUGGCCUGGCCUCAGCCUCUGGCAUUGCCACGUGGCCCCUGGGAGCCCCUGUCCAUGGUCUGCUAUUGGGAUGUCUCACCCACUUGGUUACAGCCAGUCUUCCUCACCCACAGAGAAGUGUGUUUCCACCUCAAAGACACUCCCUGAAGGCCCUGCAGUGCCUGCCUUCCCCAGCACCCAUCUCCAGUCCAUCCCAUGCAUGGGUCCAAGCCUCCUCUGCAGCCACUGGCCCCCAGAAGCAGGUGUCAGCCCCUAAGUCAGAGCUGCUGCUCUCUACACAAACCUCCAGGCUUUCCUGGAGUGGGGCAUCAAACUUUAUUUCCUAAAGUUUGCACUUAAUUUAUGAGAGUUCUCAGGAUUGUUGGGGGCGGUUAAAAAGAGGACUGUGUUAAGUUCAUUGUCCACUCAUCCUGGAAGUCUGAUGUUCUUGUCCUUGUUCGUUUCCAUGGGCAGAGCUGGUUCUGGAGGGCAGAUCAGUGUAUACGAGGCUUAGAGCGUCCAUCUACCCCACUGGCCCUCCUUCCAGAUACCAUUUCUCUAAUUUGGAUUCUUGCAUGUAAAAUACUCCACAAUAAAGAAAUAAUUAAGC